AUGGCCAAGAAGCCCAAAGUGACCUUGCCACCCAUCACAUGGGAUGCCAAUGACCACACACUUGUUUGGUUUUGUGUGAACACUUCAGGCAAGAUGAAAGCCAGCAUUUUUUGGCACAUUGGCUCUGUCCUGCUGCUUGAGCUGUACAGCAUGGAUGCUGCAACCACCAGGGAUCAGAUUAAACACAAAUAUGAAGGGCUCAUGAAACUGUACAAGCAGCAUGUGAAGAAGCAUGCUAUUGCUGGGGAGGGCAUUGGCACUGAUGCUGAGGAUGGUAUGGAUGUAGAGACCUGUACAUACUUCAUUGAGGCUACUGGGCCAAACAAGGGCACUCCUACAGAAGCAAGAAACAUCUGGGUCACUAUGGGUGUUGGGCCCUCCAGAAAGAGGGCACUGAUCAUGCAACCUCUUGCAGCUACUGAUGAGACAGCUGAGCAUGAUGAUGAUCUUGGGUUGACUGACUCUCAGUGCCAGGAGAUCCAGACUUUGCAGGAUGCACUGGAUGAGAGUGUUCUCAAGGCCAAGGAACACAUUCAGAAGGUGACAAAGAAGUGUACCAUUGAGGAUACACUGAUGGACAUUCACAAGUCAAAUACUGAUGCCAUCAAUGCUCAUAUUCAGGAGGAGCUGAUCAUCAAAAAGCACCAGCUGCUUUUGGAGGAGUUCAGAGCAGAUGUGUGGGAUUGGGAGGAGUAUCAAGAGGAGUUGAGGAAGUUGGAGGGUGGUGAACAUCCUGGAAAGCAAGCUCAACAGUACUCUCCUGACUGGAACUUGGAUUUUUGA